UUGGUAUAUUUUUAUAACUUCCAAUUUUCUCCUUAUGCCAUAGGUGCAAAAAAAUAUACAUGCCCAAUUGAUCUCUGGUCAGUUGGCUGCAUUUUUGCUGAGUUCCUCUUACAACGUCCACUCUUUCCUGGUAAGGGUGAGGUAGAUCAACUUAACAUGAUCUUCCGUGACCUUGGCACUCCUAAUGAACGCAUAUGGCCUGGUGUCAAAGAGUUACCAGGUAUGAAGCGCUGUGUAUUCACCGAGUACCCCUACAAUCAAUUGCGUCGGCGAUUCACCGAGAAGCAGAUAUCGGAUCAUGGUUUCGAUUUACUUAACAGGUAA